GUAGUUGUUUCUAGUAAUUUUGUUUAUCCAAAUAAACUGGACAAAUAUUAAUAAUUUUGUUCAUUAUUGGCGAAAUCGUAAACUGUAUCUUAUAUUGGCGGGUAGUUAAAAAAGUUUAUUAAUCACGUUUCGAGUAGAUUUUUUAAGCAAUUUGGAUCGUAGUUUGCCAUCCUUUAACUUCCAAGAUGAUAGACCUUUUCAUGCCUUUUCGUUCUUUUCUAAAAUUUGAAAAUGUUUGUACGGAUAAUAAUAUUUUUCGAAUGCAUUACAAGUUAACGGUAAUAGUACUGCUGGUGUUCACAUUACUAGUUACUUCAAAGCAAUUUUUCGGUGAACCUAUUCACUGCAUGGGUGACGGCAACAAAGACCUCGAUAAAGACGCUAUCAAUAGCUACUGCUGGAUAUACGGGACGUAUACUCUAAAAAGUAAACUUGUUGGUGUGGAAGGAAAACAUAUGGCAUAUUUAGGUAUCGGUCCUACAAACAUCAAUGAUGAGCAAAUAAAACAUACAUAUUACCAAUGGGUCUGUUUUGUAUUGCUAGGGCAAGCUGCUAUGUUUUAUACUCCACGUUAUCUCUGGAAGAUGUGGGAAGGCGGUAGACUGAAGGCAUUAGCAUCUGAUUUAGCUAGUCCAAUGGUUACAAAAGACUGGACGGAGUAUAGACGUGGAGAACUUAUUGCAUAUCUAAGUUAUACCAAUUUAUACACACACAAUAUGUAUGCUUUGCGUUAUGCUUUCUGUGAGAUACUGAAUCUUCUAAAUGUGGUUGGCCAAAUAUUUCUACUGGAUUUGUUCUUGGGAGGAGCAUUUAGAAACUAUGGUGCAGCAGUUGCAGCAUUUACACACAUUCCUAGAGUCCCAUCGAAUUUUAUAGACUUUUCCUCCGUUAACCCCAUGGAUCAAUUUUUCCCAAAGCUUACAAAGUGCUGGUUCAGAAAUUAUGGACCAUCUGGAACUUUGCAACUGAAAGAUAGGCUUUGUGUGUUACCAUUGAACAUUGUAAAUGAGAAAAUUUUUGUUAUUCUAUGGUUUUGGCUCCUCUUCCUCACAUUACUAUCUGCAGCUGCAGUUUUAUUUCGAAUUUUAGUUUUUACACUACCUGCUCUUCGUACUUCUAUGAUUAUGGGUCAACUCAGAUAUGUAAAAAGGCGUGUUGUUGCAAAAAUUGUAAAAAACUUUGGAUUCGGUGAUUGGUUUAUUCUAUACUUGCUGGGUAAGAAUAUGAAUCCUAUAAUAUAUAAAGACUUAAUUUUAGAACUCUCUAAGGAAGUAGGAAAUAAACCUGUUACAGUCUAGUUUUUUUUUCAUAAUUAAUUUUUAUAUAAGUUAUAAUAAAAAUAUCAAAGUUACGAUUAAAGAAGUAUAUUGUUAUCAUUUAUUUUAAAAUUUUGUUUGUAAUCUUUAAUAUUAUAUAUUUUCUACUUAAGUAGAAAUUAUUUAUCAGACAAAAGAGUAUUUAAUAGUUAUUAGCUUCAGGUUAUAAAUUUGAUUA